ACUGCGGCGUGCGGCCACGCGCAGAGUCACCGAAGGCAACCUGCCUACCACUACUUUUAGGAGCACUGUGAAGUCUGACUCUCGUAUGUGCAACUGUUUACUUCUUUUUCUCAGGCUGAUGAGGCACGGGACGCUUAAAAAGUGCCAUGUGAAUUCAUGUCGACUAGCGAUGCAUGCAGAAAGCACUGAAAUAAUGUCAACGCGUUCGAGAAUAAAUCCGCUGAGCACCCACUAAUUUACACUCAUUUAACCGGAGAGUACAAGUCCUUCAGAAGGAUAUAUGUUGGGUAAAGGGGCAAAACGGAAACUAGAUGAGGAUGAAGAGGGGCUGGAAGGCAAAGCGUUGGCGGCAGGGCCUGGAACGAUGGCCGACGGGCUCUCAAAGGUCUCCUACACACUGCAGAGGCAGACCAUCUUCAACAUGUCUCUGAUGAAGCUGUACAACCACCGGGCGCUCACCGAGCCCAGCUUGGAAAAGCGCGUGCUCAUCAACAACAUGCUGAGGCGCAUCCAAGAUGAGCUGAAACAGGAGGGCAACCUGCGGCCACUCUUCUUUCCUCCUUCCCCUCCACCCGACGACCCUGUGGACGAGGGUUUCCGCGAGGCACAGCCUGCCUUCAGCGUGUUGUCCAUGGUGGCACCGCCACUGUCCCAGUCCCCAGCACUUUCCGCUCCGGUCCUUACGUCGCCUUCGUCAGGGCUGUCAAACCCAGCACCUCUGGAGGCCUGUCUUACCCCAGCUUCGCUUUUAGAGGAGGACAGUGUCACGCUUUGCACGUCGCCCUCAUCUCCCUCUCCGCUCGUUCCUCCUCCUCCACCACCACCACCAACUCUACCCAGACUCCCUUCACCUGUGACCAGAGACAGUUUUUCUUCUGCCCUGGAUGAGAUUGAGGAGCUCUGUCCUUCGUCCUUACCUACAGCUACAUCUGUGCCCGGUGCUACCUCCCUCUCGUCCCUUACAGUAACCCUCCAAAUGCCGUUGUGUCCCCCCAGCUUAAACUCAGGGGCCUUGGACUCCAAAGACUGCAGUAAGCCUUGCAGCCCAAAGCUUGGAGGGCUGGUCCCGCUGCCCGAGGAAAGCUCAGCGGCCCCCAACGCACCAGAGACUGUUCCACCCAACAGCCUGGACAUGAGCACCUCACCUUCUGCCUUGUCCUCAGGCUUUCUGACAGACCUUGCCCUGGACGACAUUCUCUUUGCUGACAUUGACACCUCCAUGUACGACUUUGACCCCUGCACUUCAUCCUCAGGUGCGGCUCCAUCGAAACUGGCGCCCAUGGUGACGGCGGACGAGCUCCUCAAGACUCUUUCGCCCUACAGCGGUUCUGCUCCUGCCGUCAGCUCAAACCAACCUUUCAAAAUGGACCUCACUGAACUGGACCAUAUUAUGGAGGUGCUUGUAGGAUCAUGACCGGGUUUGGAAGGGAACUGGGGAAGAAAAUGCAAAACCAAUCAAAGAGUUUUUAAAUGGAAACUGAGAAAGAAACUAAAGAAUCACUUUGUGAGUUUUUGGAGUACAAUUUCUUUUGUACAGUUUUGUGUUCGUUUUGUUUUUAAAGACAAAGGAAAUUGUCCAUUUUAACUACUUCUCAACACUGUGCAUGCACUGUGCUUGCCUGUCCCAAAAAUGAACAUGAAGAAAUUUUAUGGAACACACUUUGGCCUCUGGCAGAUCCGAGUGCCUUCAUUUAUGACCACUUGGUAAAUUAAUGUUUGUUUGUCUUGUCUCGUUUUUUUCUCACAAUGUCUAAUCGAACAAGAUGAAUUAUCCGAGAAGUAGCAUCUUUCUUUCCCCUUCUCAGCAUACAGGUGCAAGAAUGUGCAACGGCAGCCCUAUUUUCAUAUUUUUCUUUCAUUUUCACAAAGCACAAAGAUUUUAAAAGAGGAACUUGGUUAUUUUGUUUGUAUGUGUUUCUAUCCAGAGCUGUUUUAUUGAUUUUUAGUAAUAUUCAAAAUAGUUUGUUAAUAUGUGGUCAUUUUUUCAUUUUUUUUAUUCAUUAAGGGAUAGUUCACCAUGUACUCACCCUCAUGUCCUUUCAAACCUGUAUGAGUUUCUUUCUUCUGUGGAACAUAAAAGAACAUAUGUGGGGGAAAAAAAUGUGUCCAUAUAAUGAACGUCAAUGGAAUCCAAUGUUGAUUUGCACCCCACUAAUUUUUCUUUAAAAUGCCUUUUUUUGUUUCACAGAAUAAAGUAAGUAGUGCAAGUUUGGAGUGACGUGAAGUUGAGUAAAUGAUGAUAAGAUUUUCAUUUUAAGUGAACUACCCCUUUGAACCUCCUUCAGUGAAACAUAUGAAAUGUACUCAUUUAUGGAACAUGCUUUACCAGGUAUUAUUUAUUCAUAGAUGUGUGUAGUGGUAAGAUAUUUACAGUCAACCAACCAAAUUUCUUGUGAUCUGCCAUAACGGCUCAGAUUCCAUGUGUUUACGUCUCAGCUGGCAAUGUAUUGUUUUACAGAUACAUUUAUUUGAUUAGCCAACGCUAAAAGCCCUUUAUGCUACAAAUAACUGAUGCAAUCAAUGCCUUCUGAUCAGUAAUAAGCAAACUGUCAACUUCUCUCAGGCAUUUCCUUUUUAUCUGAGUCAAGGCAUUGCCGUAACUUCCCUAUUUUGGCCUUUGGUUUGGCUUUAUAUCAUCACUCAGACUCAGUGGCUGGUUCAGUUUUAAUGCUACACUAAUGCACAGAAAGAGGGUCAAUGCAUGUCUCUAUGUGCAAAAAGGAAAAGACUGUACCACACAUGUAAGUUUAUGGUUGCUAUUCUGUUCAUUUUCAACUAUUUCCAUCUUCAUAAUCUUUUUGCCAAACAUUUCCUUCGUAUACAUCUCUCACCAGUACAACGGUACAUUUCUGUUAACAUAAUAAUGCAUGCAGGAUUAUAGCUCAUAAUUGUACAGAUGUCAGAUGAUUUGUGUAUGGUUUGGUCUUAUUUUAUCUUAUUUAUACCAUUGUUUGUUUGAGUUUUAUUAAUGGUAUCUGUUCAUGUUCCAGUCAGACUCUCUCUCUCUCUCUCUCUGUUGCCUUGCUGGGUUUCAGAGUCGUUUGGCCAGUAGGAAUGGUCUCAUUACGUUUAAGGGGAGUUUAUUGGGGGAGUUUAAGUAUGCACAAGUUUGGUGGGAGAGUAUUAUGCAUGUGUGUGCAAUAGACAGCACAGUAUAUUUGCUAAAAACACUUGCUAUAAGUCGAUCAGAUUGGUUGGAAGGAUUAUUUUACGUGCAGCUGACAGAAAAGGAAAGGGACCAUUUAUCAUAUCGCCUGUGUAAGUUUCACAAAGCUGUUUGUCGCACUAAACAAGCUAUCGUUAAUAAUGAUAGAUUUACAUACCGACAAAAACUGUGCAUUUUAUGCCUUCCUGGAAAGUGCAAUGUCAGUGAGGGAAGAAAACUUGUGAAAUGUGUAUUUUUAAUAAGUAUAUUAUUCAACAAAUAAGUGUGACCAUUAUUAAUCUGAGAUUUGAACUUCCCGUCACAGAGACCUAAGCUAGAGGUUCAAGAGAGAGAUUGUCUGAGAAUUAAAAAGCAUGAGUGAAUGAGAGCAGAGCGGACAAAACUAUGGAAUCAAAACUGAUUACAAUUUCUUAUAAGAUUUCUAGAUUUGGAGUGUUUGUUUUAAGUUAUUUAUUUUUUUGUUUCCUGUGUAAAUAUAUUUAUUUUUUAUUUUAUGCUAACAUCCAGAUUGUAAUUUGUACAGAAUAUGAGAUAGGAAUGUAUUAUGCUUACGGGAAUGUAUCACUGCUUAUUAAUUGGGGUGGAAGCCAUUUUUUUUUCAUCUUGUUUUAAUAAUGCAUUAUUUUUUGUUUAGUUUCUUGUAUUAUUAUUUGGUGUGUGGUGUUUGUGCUAGUCAUCUAGUCAAACACUCCCUGUCGCUAUUUAAUUAUAAGUAUUUCUAUUUAAUGUUUUGUGUAUUUCAGAUUUUGUGCGAGGGAAAGGUUUGUGAAGCAAUACUUUAUUCUCUGCAAACUUCAGAAUUUCAAUCUUCCAAAGCCUAUAUCUGGGAAAAUCUUUUUGAUAACCCUCAAUGCCAAAUGUAAAGAAGAAAGGCAGCAUGAUUUCUGAUGGUAUUGGUUGUUGUUUUUUAAUGGUAUCUCGCUGUCCCAUGGUUCAGGCCAUACAUUCGGGGAAGUUUAAAGUGGUUUCAGGAUAGUCACCACUGGGAUUAUUCGUGUGUGUGUGUGUGUUUGUUUGUUUGUUUGUGUGUGUGUGUGUGUGUGAGAGAGAGAAAUAGAAAGACAAAAUCUGGUGGAGGGUCUAAACCCUUUUUCUGCUCAUUAAGAAAGGCCGUAUCUUCAGGCCUUUGAGCUGUGCCUUGUUCUAUGCAAUAUUACAGACACAUUCAUUUUGAGGAAAAAUAACCCAUCAACUGAUGAUCACUGUAUUUGCAUCAAUGUGUGGACUGUAAAAUAUAUAUUAAAUAUGGACAUGUGUCUAUGAAUUUGAAACAGUCUUACUUUUCUAGUUUUAUAUCAUACAAUAAACGGAUAAAAAUGA